AGUCGUGAAGUUCGUCCAUAAAUCCUCCGACUUCCCCCCGCCUGCUCAAACCCACCCUGCCGCGGCGUUCCUCCUUCCUCUACAUACGGCCGUUCCUCUGCUCCACCAUCGUGGCACCUCUCCAUCUCUCUCUCUAUCCCCCCGUCCUUCCGCCGGCAUGGCGGAGCAGCUCAUCUCCACGGCCGUGCACCACACGCUGCCCCACAGCUACGUCCGCUCCGAGGCGGAGCGGCCGCGCCUCCACGAGGUCGUGCCCGACGCCGACAUCCCCGUCGUCGACCUCGCCAACCCCGACCGCGCCGCCGUCGUCUCCCAGAUCGGCUCUGCCUGCAGCUCCCACGGCUUCUUCCAGGUGCUCAACCACGGGCUGCCGGUGGAGGCCAUGCGGGCGGCGAUGGCGGUGGCGCACGACUUCUUCCGCCUCUCGCCGGAGGAGAAGGCCAAGCUCUACUCCGACGACCCGGCCAAGAAGAUGCGGCUAUCCACCAGCUUCAACGUGCGCAAGGAGACCGUCCACAACUGGCGCGACUACCUGCGGCUGCACUGCCACCCGUUCGACCAGUUCGUGCCGGAGUGGCCGGCCAAUCCACCGCCCUUCAGGGAUGUCAUGAGCACAUACUGCAAAGAGGUCCGGGAUCUUGGGUUCCGGCUCUACGCGGCGAUCUCGGAGAGCCUAGGGCUGGAGCAGGACUAUAUCAAGAAGGUCCUCGGUGAGCAGGAGCAGCACAUGGCGGUGAACUUCUACCCCAAGUGCCCCUCGCCGGAGCUGACAUAUGGGCUCCCGGCCCACACGGACCCCAACGCCCUCACCAUCUUGAUGAUGGACGAGCAGGUCGCCGGGCUACAGGUGCUCAAGGAAGGCCGGUGGAUCGCCGUCAACCCGCGGCCCAACGCUCUCGUCAUCAAUCUUGGGGACCAGCUGCAGGCGCUGAGCAACGGGAGAUAUAGGAGUGUGUGGCACCGCGCUGUUGUGAACUCAGACAGGCCAAGGAUGUCCAUUGCCUCGUUCCUCUGCCCCUGCAAUAGCGUCAUGCUCGGCCCCGCUGAGAAGCUCAUCGGGGCCGAGACACCGGCCGUCUACAGAAAUUACACCUACGAUGAGUACUACAAGAAGUUCUGGAGUAGGAAUUUGGACCAGGAGCACUGCCUGGAGCUCUUCAGAACCUAGGUUUUUUUUUUCUUGGAUAAAAUGAGCGUGCUACCUCCAUUUUCUUUGCCACAAAAACGAAAGACACAUAAGCCACUCGUCAGGUUCAGUCUCUCAAAAAAACAAAAACUUAUCAGGUUCAGCCUUCAGCCCCUAGGCACAACGGCCGUGCCAAAACCCUUCAGAAUCUAGUUAGACAAGGGGGAGAAACCAUGACUUGUUUUUGCCAUUUGCGUUUUCCGUAAUUGACCUGUUUUGUUGGUCGUUUGGAGUUCCUGUUACCAUCCCAAUCGGCCACUGCGUGUAGGAGCUCUGCAUGUUAUCGUCCCUGUUUUGUUGGUCGUUUGGAGUUUGCUCUAACUGGCCGAUUGUACCUCUGGCUGUGUGUGUUACGUACGAUGCAAAUCUGCAAUGCUCAGGAUAUCUAUGAUCCUCCUUAGUUCAACAAAAUGAACUAAAUUAUCAUCAUCUUUCAUAAUUUAGUUCAUUUGGUUGAAAAAAAGGAUCACGAGGUGCUUGCAUCUCGGCGUGGGCAUCAUGAUGGAGUCGACCAGGAGAAGUUUGCUGUUGAAUUAUCCAAAAGAUAUUGUAGUUACUCUUCUUUUUGAGAAUGAUUUAUAUCUACUAGUUGUAAGAAUUGAAAGGAAAUAAAGGAUUUUAUAAGUGGA